AGAUACAGCGACUGCUGCUCCCGUUCCUUUGCGGUCAAAGGGAACCACAUGCCAUGGAUUUUUAUUGGACUGGUCAUUUACACCAUAUGCAUUACACCAACUGAUACGAUUGAUAUUAAUAGCCAGAGCUUCUCAAACAUGGACAAGGUAAAUAAAAAGAUAUGCUGUGCUUGUAUAAGGGAGGGGAGCUCUUUAACGACAAGGAGGGGGGGAGCUCCUUAACGACAAGGGAGAGGAUAAUGAAAACUUCACCCGCAGGACGUAGCCAAUGUGAGCUUGACUCAGGCUACCUUGCUGAACCCAUAGAUACUGCAUUAAAGAAAAUUGGUGAAUUAUGGUUGCCAGGAAAUUAACUGUUUCUUCCUGAGUUACAAAAAAGAAAUUUCAAGGCAGCAUUCUCAUCUUCCUCACAUGGGAACCCCCCCUCCCCCCUCCUCUCCUUAAAAUAUAUUUUGAGUCAUCAACACUCGUGAAAGGGAGAACUGUUGGAUUAGUCUUCUACGCAGCCUUUUUUGGUUGUAAUGCGACGCUCCCCCCUAAAGAGUGUCUACAAGAGAGGCUACUGGUAGAUUAAGUGUUGUCAAACCAAAAUUAAAGUUAUCCAAACGGGCAAUUAGAUCGACGGAAAAAAUAAUCAAACUCAGUCCUUCUUUAAGGUGAACACCUUUAGGUAGCCGGGUGCUAAAAAUGUCUGUCUGACUUCACGCUUUUGGCCAGGUGUGUCAUUUUGCAAGUCAAACACACGUAACAGGUAAAAUUUGAUGGACACAUCCCAAAUAUUAUGUUUUCCACACACCAACGAGGAGGAGAGCUAUAGAAAAUGCCCUUGUAUUUAAUAUUUUCUUACUUUUUGUCCAUCACUCGGAGCGACUGUGAAUCACUUAAAAUCUUGACUUCCUGUUUUGUAGAAAGAAAAAACAAGAGUGAUUGACGACAUCCUCGAAGCAACAUUUAAUCCCUCUGACGAUGAGAAACUGCAGUAUAGUGAAGAUUGGAAUAAGUUUCAACAGAAAAUGGGAGAGAUGAAUUCUAAUGCGAAAAAAACCGUUAAGAGACUCCGAUCAAUAGCUGACAGACUUGAUGAAGCGUGGUGGGAGUACAAGAUGAGUUAUGCCACUGGAACCUUUGUGUGUGUGGUAGGAGGAGUUCUAACAUUGACGAAUGAAAGUAUAUAUGCUAAGGGUUUUGGAAUUGCUGGAUUCUUAAUUAGCUAUAUCGCCAGUUCCAUAGACUAUACCAAACACUCAGAGGAUAACAAGGUGGCCGAGAAGCUCUUGAAGGAGACCAGAGACAACUUCAUCGCCGUGAGGAAAGAAAUCCAUCUUUGGAUAGCCAGAAAAAAGUAUUUCCGGAUAACGUACAUUUACGGCCAGGCUAUAGCCCAUAAGGUGGCUACACCUCAGGUUUUAAUGUUUCUUCGUGAGUGCAUUUUUGACUCCAAGGAAAUCCCCCCCAUGGUGAAAAAUAUGGCAACUCUUAUCGAAAAAUGGGUAUGGAAUUCUGGUGCGAAAGCCCCAUUUCAAGGCGUUGCGGAAGGAGCAGCAAAGAAUGGAGCACAAGUUGCUGAUGAUGCAGUCCAGGCCAGCUCAAAAACCAUAAUAGAGAAUUUGGCAAAGAAUGGAGCACAAGUUGCUGAUGAUGCAGUCCAAGCUAGCGAAAAAACCACAAUAGAGAAUUUGGCGAAGAAUGGAGCACAAGUUUCUGAUGAUGCAGUCCUGGUCAGUGCAGAAACCUCAGCACAGGAAGUGGUAAAGAAAGGAGCACAAUUUGCUGAUGAUGUAGUCCAAGCCGGCGCAAAAACCUCCACACAGGAAACAGCAAAGUAUGGAGCACAAUUUGCUGAUGAUGCAAUCCAAGCCUCCACACAGAAAAUGGCAAAUGGAAAAUGGCAAUCUCUUUAUGAUGCAAUCCAAAACAACGCAAAAGCCUCCACACAGAAUAUGGUAAAGAAUGGAGCACAAUUUGCUGAUGAUGUAGUCCAAGCCGGGGCAAAAACGUCCACACAGGAAAUGGCAAAGAAUGGAGCACAAUUUGCUGAUGAUGCAAUCCAAGCCGUGGCAAAAGCCUCAACACAGGAAGUGGCAAAGAAUGGAGCAAAAUUUGCUGAUGAUGCAAUUCAAGCCGGGGCAAAAGCCUCAACACAGGGAGUGGCAAAGAACGGAGCACAAGUUGCUGAUGACGUGGCUGAAGCAGGUUUAAAAACAGCUGGAAAUUUCCAGAAACUAAUUGCUGUUAUGGACACCGGCCUUUUAUUGAUGGAUACCAAAGAGCUGGUCUUCACGAUCAAGGAACUUGUUCGAAACAAAGGAUCUGAUGCGGCGAAAGAUCUGAGGGAAAAGGCCGAGGAGAUCGAGGAUGCUUUUAUACAGUAA